UCUCUCUCUCUCUUUUUGGAUCUUUUUGUACCAAUAAAUUGGAGUUGUUCCCCCGUGUGUUCUUUGCCAAAGCCGAGCAAUCUCAUUUCUCUGUUUUUUCACCUCUGUUCAUUCCUCUCUCUUUGUGUCAAGAGCGAUGGCAGAUAAUUCAGGAAGUAGCGGAAACCAUGAAGUUGCUUUGUCUGUUAAAGAAUGCGAGGCCAAUCACAACCAUGCCUCCUCUGCCUCCAAAACCAACCAAGGAGGAGGCUUCUGUCUCUCUGUUCCUUUCAUGCAGAAGUUGGUGGCAGAGGUUUUGGGUACCUACUUCUUGGUCUUUGCCGGUUGUGGAGCGAUGGUGGUGAAUUUGGACAAUGACAAGGUGGUGACUCUGCCGGGAAUAUCAAUAGUAUGGGGGCUGGCUGUGAUGGUUCUGGUUUACUCUGUUGGCCACAUCUCCGGCGCCCAUUUUAAUCCUGCGGUCACCAUUGCCUUUGCCACUUGUAGAAGAUUUCCGUGGAAGCAGGUAAACCACACCAGAGAAACUUUCUCAUUCUUGUUUGGGUGCACUGCAAGAAAGCGCACCCAAACAAUUAUCACAGGUGAAGUCAAAGUUAUUACAAUUGCAUGCAGCUUGAUCUAACUUCACGUUAGGAAA